GUCUGAUCAUUUUGAGCACAAAUUCGUUUGCUCUUCUCUUGCGGAAGGGCCGUCAUCCCGGAAGCGCGUGUUUAUUUGUUGAAACUUUAUUAAGAACAGACAAAUCUUUACCAGUAUCUAGCAAUAAAGGUUCGGCUCGGGUUCUAAAUUAGUAUGAGCAUCAAUAUAUGCUUAAAGGGCUGCAGUGUCGAUAUUUCACUGUAAAGAGACAUUUGCUUUGCUAGCUAGAAGUAAACAGUCACCUAACGUUAGCUUGCCAGCUACAGCAUGUCCAGCGAGGCAGUCCUAACUGUUCGCUUGGUAAGGUCUUUUGAGCACCGAAAUUUCAAGCCAGUUGUAUUUAGUGGCGUGAAUUUAGAUCAAACGGUCCAGGAAUUUAUCCAGUUUGUGAAAAAUGAAGUUAGCAUGAGAGCCGGUUUACCACCCCCAUUCAAGAAUUUUGGCUACGACACAAUGAAGAUCAUCCACCAGGCACAUGGAGCAAAGACGAAUGAGUUGGUGAUGAGUUUGGAGGAUGAUGACAAGCUUAUUCUGCAAGAUGGACUAACCCUAAGAGAUGCGGGCAUUGCAAAUGAAACAGAAUUGGCCUUCUUCAGGAAAGAGGAUUAUAAGCUCUUUAAAGCCAACCCCCAACCGGCCUGGUGGUAAGGGCCUUCAUCCCCCACUUCACCACGGAAGAGGGGAUUCUAAUCUGACAUGGAGGAUACACAUGAAUGGAAGAUUGGUGGUGGGGGGGGGGGGGAAUGACAUGUGCCUUCAGACCUAAGUUUGAGUAUUUUAAUUUAACAUGCCAUAUAUAUAAAAAACAUGUUUUUGCCUCUUUUAUACAUCUCCACUGAAAUGCACUUUCCAUUUAUUUGGUGGUGUUGAAUAUGAUUGGUUGUACAUGGAUUUUCUUUGUACUUAUUAGUUUCCUGUAAGACCUGUUUUAUUACUGUAAACAUUAUUCCAAAUUAAAUCACUGGUUUGAAA